AGACGAGACAUAAUCUAGCGUUGAGGUACACACAUCUGACAGCUUGCUCUACCCAUCUUUAAACAACAGACAGCAUUUAAAGAACUGAUUCUACAGAGCAAAACUAAAGAUGGCGUCAUCAGUGCAGUAUUCUAAAGGUGUGCUGGUCUUCCUAAUAUGCCAAGUGUGGCUUCCCUCAUUUGCGUCAAGUCAGUCAUCCACUGCGACAGCGACCUCACCUAUGUCCAUGGCAACAUCUUCUGUCUCCAUGUCGACUGAUUCACCACCGACAACAAAUGUAAUGAUGACAUCUUCAAUGGCGGCUAGCUCCUCAUCCUCCUCCAUGCCCAUGGCCUCAACAUCCACAGCCGCCACAACCACAGCUUCUAUGGCAAGUUCUACUGCAAUGUCUGCAUCAACUAGCAUGGCUUCCACAAGUACCGCGUCUGCCAUGACCACAGACAGCACCUCAAUGAGUUCAAUGAGCACCAGCUACCCUGGCAGCAGCACCAUGAUGCCCCCCAACAGCACGAUCUCCUGCCGGUCCUUCAACUGUGAUUCCAACUGUAAAUGGAUGUUUAUGAAUAUGAGCUCCAGCCCUUGCCCUUCCAAUUCCAACUACUGUGAGUUACGGAAAUUGAAUGACUCGAUGUACUCAGUGGGAUGUGUAGACUCCUGUGACCUCAACUCCAACGGCUGUGCAAACGACUCCCAGAUCAGCUGUGUGAAGGACUGCUGCAACACGACGGACUGCCUCAACUCCACCAUCCAGAGCAUGGAUCGCACCACAGAAACCACAGUUGCCCCGGCAACAACACCUGUUGUGAUGACUACCAUGCAGCCAACAAACCAACCGACCCAGCAAAACAAUGGGAUGAAAUGUAAAAUGAUGACCUGUACCGGGGCAGACUGCUACAAAAAUACUGAUGCACCGAUGAUGUGGUGUUACGGCCAAAACAAUUACUGUGCGUUAAAGAAGAGCACGGAUGGAUCGGUAAUCUCAUGGAUGGCUGGAUGCACCAGUGACUGCACCCAAGGGACUGCCUGUACGAGCUCGACGGACACUUGCUACCAGGAGUGCUGUGAAGCGUCGGCCAUGGGUGAUUGCCUUAAGCUCGAUGGCACAGUGGCCAUGCCCAACUCAGAGGCCAACAGAGCCAUAUUCUCUCCCUUGAUGUUGCUGGUCACCACCUUGAUGGCCUGGCUAGUCAUGGGUGACCAGCUGUAACAUCUUCUGAGGACAUAUGGCUUUCUGCUGCAGUUCAAGGAUAUAAGACUGACUCCUUUUCAUAGAAUGUGUGUGUCUGUGCCUGUGCCUGUGCGUGUGCGUGUGUGUGUGUCUGUGUCUGUGUGUGUGUUUGUGUCUGUGUCUGUGUGUGUGUUUGUGUCUGUGUCUGUGUCUGUGUCUGUGUGUGUGUGUGUGUGUGUGUGUGUGUGUGUGUGUGUGUGUGUGUGUGUGUGUGUGUGUGUGUGUGUGUGUGUGUGUGUGUGUCUGUGUCUGUGUCUGUGUCUGUGUGUGUGUCUGUGUGUGUGUGUGUGUGUGUGUGUGUGUGUGUCUUUGUGUGUGUAUUUCGAUUGUGCAUAUACGUAGAUUAACUGUUUGGGGAGUGGAUAUGGUCAUAUAUAUGAGUGUAUGCCCAUGUAUGUGAGAGCAUGUGUUUAUAUGCGUCUAUCUUUCUCUUUUUCUCAGUGUAGAUUAUAUUGGCAUUUCACCUCAUACCUCCUUGUCUACUCAAGGUCUUAGAUGCGUUCUUAUGAUCUUAGGCACGCUCAGCAUGUACAUUCCAGCUCACAAACAGGCGUCAGGCAUACUCCUCCUGGCUCAUAUUCCGUCAGUUUGGUUUCUCCCAUGUUCUAAGUGGGAAGAUGACAUGGUUCUCCUCAACAUAUAUAGGCGACUGAUAACAGAUAUUUAUUUUCAGUAUUUACAACAGUAAAUUAAAUUAUUUAACUAUUCCGUUUAAGACCCCCUACUGUCCCUAAUACUGUAAUAUGACAGGCCCGUGUCAAAGUGUCUAUUUAAUGCUGAUAUUUUAAUUUAACAAACUAACAAUGCAGACCCAAAGAUGAGAUGAUAUUAGAAUAUACUGUAUAUUAUUUGGCCUACUGUUGUUUACACCCCUGUUAUGUGACAGUGUACAUAGCUAUAUUCAUAGAGUAAGAUUGCUGCCAAAAAGGAAAUGUUUUUGCACUUUAUGCAUACAAAUAACAAUGACAGAUUUAUUAUUCUUGUUGAAAUGAAAGAUCUUGAUAAUGGAAUCAUUUUUUUUUCUUUUAAUUAUUGAUAUGAUAUGAAGUGCUAGCAAACAGAACAGUCUCCACAGAUAACUUAUACCAAUAUCUCUCCAUGUGAAAUGAGCAGAAUUGUAAUACACAUAUCACCAUUAUAUAUGGCAAUGUUUAGAAACUAUUCUUUUGAAA